AUGUCAUCAAGCAGGAUCCUGGUCCUGUACGGGUCCGAAACGGGCAACGCACAGGACUUCGCGACCAUCUUAUCCACAAAGUUGAGACGAUUGCAUUUUGCCAACACUUUGAGUUCGCUUGGUGAUCUGCCACCAGAGGCUAUUUUGAAGGCGAGGUAUGUGUUUUUGUUGGUAUCUACGACGGGCCAGGGGGAAUUACCGAGGAAUGUGCAUGAGUCGGCCACGCGAAAUCAGAAAACACUAUGGAGUUUACUGAAGAAGAAACAUAUCGAGAAGGAUUUUUUGAUCCAUUUGAAAGUAGCGUUUUUUGGGUUAGGUGAUUCGUGCUACCCGAAAUUCAAUUACGGGGUACGGAAAUUGCAUGCAAGGUUUGUCGACCAGCUGGGCGCUCAAGAAAUAUUUGAUAGAUUGGAGGCCGAUGAGCAAGGAAUGGCCGGGAGUAAUAAAGGUACAGGGCUUGGUGUCGAGUCCGUGUAUUUUGAAUUUGAAAAGAGAGUGAUCUCAUAUCUGAUGGAAAAGUUCCCAACGAGGAGGGUCGCCUCAGGGGAGAGCAUACCAAGGACAGAGAUCGACAGAGCUACUUUUUUGGAACCUAAAUCGUUCUUGAAAGUUUCCUCUGAUGGCGCUACAGUGACGAAGAAGGAUAUAGUUUUUGAAGGUGACUCCUCGAUUCAUUGGGGGGAGGUUGUGCGGAAUGAAAGGAUCACCGCUAGCGAUCAUUUCCAAGAUGUUAGAGAUUUUGGGUUUGUUAACAGUGACUCCACGGCGGAUCCAGUCAAAUAUUACCCAGGGGAUACAGCAGCGAUCUACCCUUGCAAUUCUGACACGGAGGUCGAACGGUUCUUGGAAAACCAGACGCACUGGAGACCCCACGUUGAUAAGGAACUGACGUUUACAAAUGGUAUUCCAGAGGGUCUUCGCGGCAUCAGUGGAGGGAUUGUACAACCGCUGACAUUGCGCAACCUUCUAAAAUACCAUCUUGAUAUUAUGAGCAUUCCGCGGUCCAGUUUCUUUAUGAAGAUAUGGACGUUUGCGACAGACGUUUCGCGAAUGGAGCGAGGUGCUGAACAAUUGACUGAUCAGCGCGAGAAGUUGAGAGAGUUCGGGUACGACGAGGACAUGCAAGAGUUGUUCGACUACUGUAACAGACCCAGACGGUCUGUCGUGGAGGUUCUUGACGAUUUCUUGUCCGUGAGGUUACCCUGGGAGUACUGUUUGGAUUACUUCCCCAUCAUCAAACCACGGUACUACUCCAUUUCGAGCGGCGCUUGUUCACCAGAGGUGCGGCUGACCGUUGCCGUGGUGCAGUACCGUACGGUUUUGCGGCAUAUCCGCCGUGGGGUCUGCACCACUUACAUGUCGGGAUUGAGGAGCGGCGAUACGUUGCGAUACAAGAUCAACGAGAACAGACUUCUCUCCUCGGAUCUCGACGGCCCCCCCCUGAUUUUAGUCGGGCCUGGGGUUGGCAUUGCCCCGAUCAUGUCAUUGUUGAGGACGCACCCAAGCCCUCUACCGCCCGGUAAGACGCAUGUCUACUUCGGCUGCCGUAUCAAGGACAAGGACUAUCUGUUCGAGGAGGAAUUGGAAGGUCUUUCCCACAAUGGAUCGAUCCUGUUGCACCCAGUGUUUUCUCGGGACAGGGAGAACUCACCCACGACAAAGUACGUGCAGGAUGUGUUGUGGGAGAUGGGUGAGGAACUGACGCAGUUACUAGUAUCAGAGCAAGGUUUGUUCUACCUGUGUGGGUCAUCUGGGAAGAUGCCGCUGCAAGUGCGGCUCACGCUUGUGGAGAUGUUGAAAAGAUGGGGUGGGUUUAAGGAUGACCAGUCUGCGACGGACUUUUUGAAAGAGAUGGAGCGCAAUGGACGGUACUUACAAGAGACGUGGUAA